GAAACCAGCACAACAACCCCUUUCUCUCUCCCUCUGUAUUCAUCUAUCUAGACUAGAAUAGAUCUCUUCGAUCUGAACCAUGAAAACCCCAAUCCACUCCUCUCCUCGGUCGGCAACGCUGCUGCUGCUGCUUCUCGCUCUUCUUCUCCUUCUGACUGCAGCAGUUCACGCUGAGCACGAGCCGAAGGUGGGGGGGCUGACGAAGAUAAAGCACGUGGGGUCGAACAAGGAGGUGCAGGAGCUCGGGCGGUUCUCCGUGGGGGAGUACAACAACCGCCUGCGCGGCCGCGACGCCAAGCCGCUGGCGUUCGUGAAGGUGGUGGAGGGGCAGCAGCAGGUCGUCGAGGGCAUGCAGUACUACCUCAAGAUCGCCGUCGCCGCCCCCGACGGCUCCCACAAGAUCUACAAUGCCGUCGUCUGGGACAGGCCCUGGCUCAAAUCUCGCCAGCUCAUGUCCUUCACUCCCUCUACUAAGUAAAAAAGUAAAAAAAAAUAUAUAUCAACCGUAAACUACUUUUUUAUUAUAUGUAUGCAUGUAUGUGCUUUGCUUAAUCUGUAUGGUGUGUAUUUCUACUGCUAAAGAGAGUGUGACGAGUAAGAAUAAUAAUGAUAAUAAUUUGUAUGGUG